GACAAGUUUUGGGUGGAGAUCUGUUGUCACGCAUUCCCCGACUAAGAGAGCGCCAAAGAGCGAGCUCAGUUUCACAUCUUAUGCAAGUUGAGUGAGGAGCACACUGUGACACCGACAGACCAGCCAGACUAUGAGUGAAUCAGCAGAGGCUGUGGCAGCUAACCUGAAAAGCAGAAGAAAUGUCACCAUUGAGAUAACCAAUCUCACUAAUAACUACUGCCUGCUCAACCCCAAGGUUUUUCUCGAGAGCGGCAACACCCACAUCCCCCCCCAGCCCACCGUGCGCCCACUAAAAACGGAGGUGUGUAACUUCAGCAAGACCUCUGCCAAAACCAGCGGCGCCGUGGGUGUACUGACCUAUGACCUGUUCGAGAGAAGCAGGAACGACUACAUCGAGACUGUUGCCAUCAUGUUCUCUGUGCCCUAUGACUAUAAUAUGUACAAGAACUGGUUCGCCGUCGGGAUCUUCGGCAAGGGAAAAGAAUGUGAUGAGGCACUGUACAAGGAGAUGUACUACAACAAAGAGCAGAAAGGCUUUGUCAGGGAGGAGGCAAACGGCUCUGGCAUCUCGCAUCCGGGCCAAUACCUGGACAUCAAGGCUAGCAUGUCUCCCCUGGGCAGGGCAAUAAUGAAGCUUGAGGUGUGGGACAAGCUUUUCACGCCUGCCAUGCAUCAGCAGAACUAAGGCCCUCAUCCCAGAGCAUUUUAUAAGUGCCGACACCACCACACAUUUGAUAGCAACAUAUACACAGAUACAUGCCCUUUUGUAUAUGCUCAGAAGUACUGAUCAGUAGUUGUGUGAUAACAAAACACAGAACUCAUCUAAUAAAAGCAA